CAAAAAAAAAAAAAAAUCUAGAUUGUUUUCACACGCGCCAUAAUGAUGAUGAUGAUGAAGAGACAAAGAGAAGAAUCCGAUGUCGACGACAUAACAAACCUGGCUAAUUCUCUCAUCCUACUCUCCGGCGGCGGCAGCGCCGCCGCAGGAGGAGGAUAUUCCAGCCGUGUGUUCGAGUGCAAAACGUGCAACAGGCAAUUUCCGUCGUUCCAAGCCCUGGGCGGCCACCGCGCCAGCCAUAAGAAGCCGAAGCUAAUGGGCGGCGCCGCCGCCGGAGACGAUCACCACCGGUCUCCACCGAAGCAGAAGACGCACGAGUGCUCAAUCUGCGGACUGGAAUUCGCGAUCGGGCAAGCCCUAGGCGGCCACAUGCGGCGGCACAGAUCUGCAACCACCGCUAAUAACGAUCAUCAUCAGAAGCAGCGGCCGUCUCCGCCGCCGCCGCCGCCUUCGUUGUUCCUGUCGUCGUCUUCGCCUCCGAUCGUGAAGAAAUCAAACAGCCGGAGAGUUUUGUGCAUGGAUCUGAACUUGACUCCUUCGGAAAACAAGUUUCUCUUCGGCAACGUUGCUCCUGCUGUCAAUUGCUUUUUCUGAUUUAUUUAUUUUUAAUUUUUAGUAGAUACCGCCGGAUUUAUUUAUUCAUUUAUAAUUAUCACUACUGUAAAUGAUUAUUUUUUUUAAUUAAUAUAUACUAUACAUCUCAUAUUUAGUUCAUCAAAAUAAUUUGUUAUUAUUUGACUUCAUAAUUCUAGUUGCAUGAAUAUAUUUAUGGCACAUGGGAGGGGUUAAGCACAAAAUAUUUCACGCCAACAGUAUAAUUAAUCCAACUAUAUCGUCUGGUAGAUACUAUAUUCGGUCAAAUAUAUCGGUUAAGAUCGAUCUAAUUACAUAGUACAUAUAUGG